UGGCCAGACCCCCAGAAAACACAAUGCCGCCAUCUACUGGUUAGAACGCAGCAUUGCAAGUGUGGCUGCGUUAUGGAUCUCGCGAGAUCUGAGCUGUGCGUGGACAGCGGACCAAAACAGGAAUAUGGCAUCAGUGUUCGGUGGAAUAGAAGGGGGAGGGACUCACUCCAAGGCUGUGCUGCUGUCAGGAGACGGGAAGGUGUUGGGAGAGGCAGUGGGACCCUGCACCAACCACUGGUUGAUCGGCGUGGAUAAAUGUCUCGAAACCAUCAACGAAAUGGUCCAGAAAGCCAAGCUCGCCGCAGGACUGGAUCCAAACACACCGCUACGCUGCCUGGGUAUGUCUCUGAGCGGGGGCGAGCAGAAGGAUGCCAUCGACAACCUGAUAGCUGUGAUGAAGGAGCGGUUCCCACAUCUCAGCGAGCAUUACUUCAUCACCACAGAUGCCAUUGGUGCGAUGGCAACGGCUAGUGAUCGAGGAGGUGUAGUCCUGAUAUCAGGGACCGGCUCCAACUGCAAGCUGGUCAACCCUGACGGCUCACAGAUCGGCUGCGGAGGCUGGGGUCACCUGAUGGGAGACGAAGGAUCAGCGUUCUGGAUCUCUCAUUUGGCCGUGAAGACGGUAUUUGACGCCAGAGACAACCUGGCGGCGCCUCCUCAUGACAUCACGCACGUCAGAAAGGCCAUGGAAGAGUACUUCCAGGUAUCAGACCUGAUGGGCAUGCUGCCACACCUCUACAGAGACUUCAAGAAAUCUUUCUUUGCUGGUUUCUGCAAGAAGCUGGCUGAAGGUGCCGAAGCUGGAGACGCUCUCUGUCGGCACGUGUUUGCCGAGGCAGGCAGAGUCCUGGCUAAACAUGUGGUAGCAGUCCUACCUGCAGCACAAGAGCCUUUAAUUAGCGGUGAACUCGGGGUGCCCAUUCUGUGCGUGGGCUCCGUGUGGAAGAGCUGGUCUCUGCUGAAGCCAGGGUUCAUCGAAGUCUUGGACAAGGCGGCGGCGUCUGACGUGUUAAAGGGCCGUUUCCACGGCUACAGCCUCCUGAUUUUGCAGCAGUCCUCAGCCCUCGGAGGGGCCUGCCUCGGUGCUCAGCGUUCAGGCGCCUCAGUCAACAUGGAUUAUGGUGCCAAUGCUAAAAUUUUCUAUCAACAUUCCUUCGGCGCCAGCCAGUGACAACAGAGCACAAGGCCACUUUAUGAUUUUUUUAAGAGUCCAUUCUUCUUACUCCAAUCACAACGGCUCAAAUCCUGGUUUGCGGAAGGCUGGACUUGCACAUGAUUUCACAAGAUAAACAGAGAUGACAAAUAUGCAUUAAAUCCUGUGUGUUCUUGGCGCCUUCUGUAACAAGAACUGAAAUUACUUCAUAGAACUGUCAGAUUUGUUUUUCUACCUUUGUGAUUCAUUCGUAUUCAUGAUUUGUGAUAAACGUGCUGGUGAUUUUGCAGAAUCUACAGGACUGAAGAGAAAUUCUUGCUGCUCUGCCAAAGGUUCUGUGACUAAAAACAUUAGAUUUUACACAAACUACCAUUCUUUCCUCCUUGAUCAACACACAGUCACCAGAUUGUUGCCAUGUAAAAAUAGAUGCCAUUAACUUUAUGUAAAGCUUCAUACUGAUUCUUGAUUUUUAUAUUGUUUAUAUAAUAGCACAUUUGCAAUAAACAAACUAUUUAAGCAUAAA